AUGGCUGGAGGCUCAACUCUGACUCCAACCUCUGUAGGAUCAAAGUCACUUCCAUUGAGGAACCAUGAAGCAGCAGAGAGAGGCAAUAACAACAGCAACAACAAUCUGAAAGCGUUACCCAAAGCGGUCCAACCGGUUUCAUCAAUCGAAGGACAGAUUGCUAAGAGGCCACGAGGCAGACCAGCUGGCUCCAAGAACAAACCCAAACCACCAAUCAUUGUCACUCACGACAGUCCAAACUCCCUCAGAGCUCACGCCGUUGAGAUCAGCUCCGGUAAUGACAUCUGUGAGACUUUGUCAGAUUUCGCAAGAAGGAAACAGAGAGGUCUCUGCAUACUCAGUGCCAAUGGUUGCGUCACCAAUGUGACCUUAAGGCAGCCAGCUUCAUCAGGAGCCAUCGUGACGUUACACGGACGUUUCGAGAUCCUCUCAUUGCUCGGAUCAAUCUUGCCUCCACCAGCACCGCUUGGGAUAACCGGUCUGACCAUUUACUUAGCCGGGCCUCAAGGACAGGUCGUUGGCGGAGGAGUCGUUGGUGGGCUUAUCGCGUCCGGUCCUGUUGUUCUCAUGGCUGCGUCUUUCAUGAAUGCUGUCUUUGAUCGUCUUCCUAUGGAUGACGACGAAGCUGCUUCAAUGCAGAACCAGCAGUACUAUCAGAAUGGAAGAUCACGUCCUUUAGAUGACAUUCAUGGCCUUCCUCAGAACCUGCUCACUAAUGGAAACUCUGGUUCUGAUAUCUACUCUUGGGGACCUGCGCAGCGUGCUAUGUCCAAACCCUAA